AUGGCAAUCAGCAUAAAAUUCACAAAAUUUGACAACACACCAUGGGGCUUUCGACUAGCAGGUGGCAGCGAUUUUCCGCAGCCACUUACUGUUAUCAGAAUCACGGAGGGAAGUCUGGCCGAAUGUAUGGGUUUAAAGCUUAACUCACGGACAAGCACACGAGGCACUCAUGCAUGCUGGCAACAAUUUUAUUCUAGCUGUACAAAGCUUUCAGACUUACCGCCAGUCUUCCCAGAACAGAUCUUAAAGGAGGAGACAGUGAUCGAGCGGUACGAAGAAGAGAAGAUCGUCGUCGAACCGUUGUCCGCCGAAGAAGAGGUCAGGCGAGAGGAGGAAAAGCUCGUGGAGGAGAAACCGGUGGACGCCAACAGCGAGAUCGUGCCCAACAAAAAUCUCACGGAUGACGAGAUCGCACAGCUGAUCCUCGAGGAGGAGGAGCUCUUGUCCGAUAAAGGAUUACUGGGGGUGAACUUUAAAAAGCUACGACCGCGUGCCCCGAUCCUGAAAGAUUCGAAGGUCUUGGAGGAACUGCAGCACAUUGCAACAGCCGAGCCCGAGCGGACGCAAGAGCUGAAACGCACCUCCACUUUUUUACAGAAACCACAGCGACCGGUACCAAAGCCUAAGCGUGAGCAGAAGGUGGAAGAGGACGACGGCGAGAGCUACAAGGUUGUAAUAAAAAAACAGGACAAAAAGACGGUGAUCACGCGUCUUGUAGAAAAGGGCUUGCUGCCGCCAGGAUCAGAGGCGAGCAUCGCCGGGACACCGGAGCCGCCGGAACCAUUCGAGGUAAAGAUGCAUGAAACGGAGAACAAGCUCGAGGAAGAUUCCCCCAUGUCUGACCCGAAUCCCUCGUGUUCAAUUUCCCCCCUUGAUACCAUCGACGAUCCACUGUCGUCCUCGCGUUCUCUGCAACUCGAUUCGAACAUAACUCGUCCUUGCGAGGAUCAACUAGGGCAUCCCGCGACAUAUAAAUGCAAGUCGAAGCUGUUCGACGUCAAACCAAAUCAUUAUCGAAGAUACAGUUCCGCCGACAGAUACAACGAAGCCGGAAUGAGGUCGCCCUUCAAGGGUCACUAUCUGGAAAAUGUCCUCUGCGGUUAUGCUCACUCCUGCGUUUCCCGUGAUCAACAGAUUGAUGAUCAAUUCGAGUUUGGAAAGACGAAAUCGAGAAGCUUUUAUUUUAAAAAAUACUGGCCGAGAAGUAUUGGUUUCGAUUGUUUCUCAUCAAGCGGGACCACUUCCAAAAGAAGGACGAGCAGAUGCCCGCGAGCGCAUUACGCAGAGAGAAUUCUUCUACGAAACGUCAGUGCUAUCACUCGGCACUUUCGUUCGAAGCCGAAGACAACUCGAAUCGUCGCUUCUAAAACGAAACGUAGCAGAACGAAAGGAAGAUAUCUGGCGACAUAUUUGAGACGCGAGAGCACUCGGCUGGUAUCCUUGAUGACGACGUUAUUCCAGUUUUUGUUGCAAAGAUCAAGUGUCUCCGACUCAUCGAAUAUAUCAGAGAUUCGCAAGCGACGUUUGAGUUUCAAAGGUCGCUAUCUUAAACACGUUCUCCAGAAAAAUGUCACUCCUGUUCUUCAACGCGUCAAAAAGACGCACUUGGUCGAUUAUCCAAACAUAAUCGAAAAGAAGAAAGACGAGCCAAAAUCUACAAGGACAAAGGGACAUUACGUAGAAAAAUAUCUUCAUCGGCAGAAUCUUUACCUGAAAUCCGCGUUAGCGAAUCUUCUCGGUUCCGCGAAGAAUAGCUUCGACAAUCUCUUCACUAUUACCUCUUCGUCAAGAAUGAAACGCGCAAUGAGAGGUCGAUAUUUUGAGCGAUUCAUCCGUAGAAAUCGGGAAAUUUUCGAGCUAUUCGCGGAAUAUGUUUGUAUCAAGAUCUCCGAAUGGCUCGAGGAGGGUCCGUCAUGCAUAUCGCAACAGGAUUUUUCUGUCAUCACCUCAAAUUAUAUUGCUGAUGAUUCAGUCCUAGAUGAGCAGAUAAUUGAUGAAGAUGUCUGCGACAUAAAAAUCUCCGGAUGGCAUGAAGAUGGUCCCUCAUGUUCAUUGCAACAGGAAUCUAUCGUUAUCGUUAAUACUCCCGAUAAUCCGGAGCCAAACAAGGAGGAAACCGAUGAGAACGAUGUUCUCGAGUGCAAUGUCAAUCCGAUUUUGCCUGAAGAAGUCGAUGAGCUCUCUGUCUCACCUAAAAUCCCAGAGAAAGAGGACACUUUUUCGAAAUUCUUGCAGUCGACUGAGAAUUUUAUUUCCACCGAAGUCUUCCAUCGUGGCAGUAGACGACUCUCGAAGUCGCGUAAAUCCAUAGAUAUCAUCUCCGAGCAAGAUGAUACAUUCUCGAAAUUCCUGCAUUCGGCUGAGAAUUACGUUUCUACCGAAGUUUUCCAUCGCGGUAGCCGAAGACUCUCAAGGUCGUUCAAGGACACGGAACAGGAAACGGGUGUUUUGUCGAGUCUCUUCAAUUCGACCAGCGAUUAUGUCUCCAGCGAGGUCUUCCACCGCGGUAGCAGAAGAUUAUCAAAAUCGUCCAGGAGGGAAUCGGUUUCUCUCAUGACUCCCGAAAGCAUGUAUUUCAAUCUCCCUUGGUUCUCGCUGAGAGUCACCGAUAAAAGCCAUGAGGAUUGCAAGGAGAAGAUCGAUUGCGACAUCGAACGAGACACCCGAAGAUUGUCAUUCGUGCCUACAAUCCUCUAUCAAAGUAUCACGAAUCAUAUUGGUGUUGAUUUCACGAAGCUGGUGGCUUACGCUUUUGUGCCUUGCACCUCGAUCAUCCUUCUGUAUAUGUAUAAGUAGUCAUUCUCAUCUGACGAUAUUUAUAUGUUGUUUCGAUGCGAUUCUAACCGUUUUACCAGGCGUAUACUUGUUUUAUAGAGACUCUUAUUAGAUUAUCGUGGAUAAUGUGUUGAUCCAUAUAAAAAUAUUUCGUAAAUAAUAUGUGCUCUUUUAUUACAAUCAUAGUGCGUUUUGUUUUUCUUGUCACUAGAAUGCGCACUAAAAUGUGUUAAAUUGAUUUUAUCCUAUAAAAUAAAUAACCGGAAUGCAAAGAUACUUUAUGUGAAAAUCGAUCCAAUCUGUGUAUGAGCGAAGAUAUAAUUAAUUUUUUCCCCUUAUCCAUGUGAAAUAAUUUUUAAGUAAUUAAACUGUUGAAACUU